AUGUUCCCAGGACAGAGAAAACGCGGCUGGCGACAAUGCCUGGCCGAUAGCUAUGAAAAACAAUACGGGCCUCUUGACGAUCCAGUACCGACCUUUGGUGCCAAAUUGGUGACAUUUCCAUCGACGCCGACUCUGCCCAUGUGCUUCGCCACACCUGACCCCGACUUCCUCCAGGAACUUGAUCGACGUCUCUGCGCUAUCGAACCCGACCCAGUACCCAAAUGUCUGCAGCCCCCACUUAUCGAUGAACCUGUGGUCGAGUUGAGCUGCUCCGACAACGACACCGACGAUGAAGGCUGCGAAAUCAUGCGGGAAUCGAUGCGCCAGGUCAGGAUUCGCAUGUAUGCGAGAGCCGGAAUAGACAUUGUUGCUGUUGACGCUAAACGACAGGCGCGAAGGCUUGCGAGGGAGGAAAGACGCAAAGCAAGGGCAGCCGAAUCGAACGGUACCAAAUCUGCGCUUCCGCCAUCACACGACCAUGCUACCAAGCCCUCCAGCGAUGCUACUGAAGCAGAUACAGAUGGGUGUCAGGCCAAGCACCAGAAGCGAAAGCGCCAGACCGAGGACGAGGAAGAUCAGCCUCACCGCAAGGUCGCCAAACCCAGCGACACAACCAGCCCUCGACCAAAGCGACGAAUUCGCCCAUCAUUCAAGCCGCAAGCUUCAUACAGUCCUCCACAAACACCUUCACCCACCGAAAGAGAUCAUGCACAAGGGCAAGCUGGCUCGUCAUCGUCUCCUGAGUCGCUCGUCGCACAACAACCUACACCUGAGGGCGACAACUCUUCGCCUUUCUUGAAGCUCAAGAGGGGUCAGGAAUCGCCAGCGGAAUUGUCAGCAGGAUGA